GCCUAUGUUAGCUUCCUCCUAACACAUGUUGUGAGAACCGAAAAACUUCUCAGAGGACACCGUUUUUACCGUGACACAAGAACUAAAGCUAACAACAUCAGGAUGUCCAACAACAAGAAAUCUCAAGCAGCUGCAAAAUUUUACAGUGAACCGGUGGUAGAGGAAUUGUACACUGGUUACCUGCGCAAGUCCCCUCCUCUAUCGGGCCUGACUAAAAACACUAAACAAUGGAGAAAUCGUUUCUUUAGGCUCUCCAAAAUGGGCGAAAACUCCUACCAGCUGACAUAUCAUGAAAACCAUGAAAAAAGAGAAAAGCCUUUGGGAGUGAUAGACAUUUCUAAUAUCAACUUGCUAUUUACCAAUCCUGAGAAACAUCAGAAGUGGGACUGGGUCAAGAAACAAUCCAAGUGUUCUCCAUCCUCUGUGCUGUUCUUGAAAGUGGAAGAAGAUACACCAAAACACUCUAGAGAAUAUUUCCUUAUUGGAGAAAACAGUGAAGAUGUGGAGGGUUGGCUCAAUGCCUUAGUCAAGGCAAUGAAGAUCCAGAUAUCACAAAAUAAAUUGCGACAUACAGAUAAUACUCAGCAGGAAUAUAGAUCUAGAUCAGUGUCUGUACCUGUGGACUAUUCAGAACCAAAGGAUGACAGACGGUCAGCAUAUGAAUUAACUAUUCCGCAACAAAACAAUCUUUAUGACUAUCCUCGCAAGAUUGCAGUUAUUAAGGAAAAAGAUGAGAAUGACGGCAAGCAGGAUGAAUCUACAGAGGACAGCGGUGCAUACAUGUCCAUGGGAUCAGUGCAAAGGGUGUUGGAAGACCAACAGGAGGAUGACACUGCAUGCAAACAGAAAAAUGAAGAUCACAAUUGCUCCAAGCAAUCGAUCAGCUUCAAUGAAAACUGUGCCUCUACUGAGUUGGACAACAGUGAAAUGGACACACUUGCUGAGAUGGAGACCUGCGUUAGUCAAAACGAUUUGGAAAACAGUGUGAUCCCAACACAGGAAGAUGGCGAAAAAUGUGUUUAUCAGGAGCAUCAGAUUCAGAACUUAAGGAGGAAUGGGACCCUGUCUCAAGACGCAGUCGAGGGGAUUCAGAAAUGCUUAAGCAGUCUAAGCAAGGAUGAGGCAAAACUCCUAGUUCAGCGGUUUCCAGGCCUCAAUCCGAACCCCGUUUAUCAUGCCUAGGACAGGACACAAAAUCUAAUGCAAAUUCUCUCAUCACAUCUAUAUAAUAUUAGAAAUGUUGUACACGUCUAAUUUAAGGUCAAAGGUUUAACGGGAUAUUAAAAGCUCAUUCAUUUGCACAUACAGGUGCAAAACAAGUCAUUACUAAGUAACAAAAGAGGCAAUCUGGUUAUCUAAAGUAUCUAUCCUCUUUUGCAUGUACAUUAUUCAUGUAAAUGUGUAAAAAAAACAUGUCAUGUAGUUGAAGCAGUGGGCACUGUAUAUAUUUGUUUGUUUGUAUAUAAAUAUAAACACACUCAAUUUUAACAGUAUGAGACAUUUUAUGUAUUAUGUAUGUAAAACCUUUGUCAUUGUGUACUCUUUAUUUGUUUUGCAAUGCAUGUAACCAGUUACACACUGCACCAAAUCAUUAUGCAAUGCUGUAAAUGUUUGUCACUUUAUGAUAACUACUGCAUAAC